CACCUCUCCAUAUACGCAGACGGCUUGACAACUGAGCUGUGUCGGGCGCAGCUUAAACAAGUGUCAGAUAUCGAGCUGUAAUUGUUUUCUUUUUACUGGAUGCAAUCCAGCGCGUAGAGAUAGACGCGUUACGUAAAUUAACGUUUCCUGGAUCGAUCGUUUGGUGGAAGAAGACGGUUAUAUACGAUGGCUCGGUACUUUCGUGAAGAGGACAUCGACGAGUUCAGGGAGUGCUUCUACCUGUACGCCAGAAGUGGUCAAAUCAGAACGUUGGACGAAUUGACUAUAAUCAUGAGGUCUCUGGGUCUCAGCCCGACGAUAGCUGAGCUGAACGAGUACUUGAAGAGCAAAGGUGGCAAAAUGUCGUUUGCUGACUUUUUGGAGGCUAUGCACUUGCAAACCCGAGCAGAAGACUUACCCAAGGAAGUGAUAGAAGCGUUCAGAGCCGCUGAUUUAGCCAAAACUGGUACCAUACCGGCUAGGCAACUGGCUCACAUGUUGCUGAGAUGGGGAGAACAACUGAGUAACAAAGAAGUCGAACAGAUCUUUAGAGAGGCCAAUGUUUCACUCAACGGACAAGUGAAAUAUGAAGACUUUGUCAAAAUUGCUUGCGCACCAGUACCUGACUACUAUUAGACACUGCAUCGAGUAGAAUUAGUAAAUUAUAUAUUCAAUACAUUCCGGACAAAGAGUAUUCCAUUUACAAAUGUACUUAACUUUUUACAGAGAUAUUAUACUUUUUAAGAGAAAUUUUUAUCAAUAAAUACUAUAUAAAUUGUAA